AUGGCUGCCAGUGCUACGAUGGAAGCCGCUGACAUCAUCGUCGUGACCGUGUACUUCUUACUGGUCCUCGCCAUCGGUCUGCUGGCCAUGUGGAAAGCCAACCGCGGCACCGUGAGCGGCUACUUCCUGGCCGGCCGCUCGAUGAACUGGGCGGCCGUCGGCGCGUCGCUCUUCGUCAGCAACAUCGGCAGCGAGCACUUCAUCGGGCUCGCCGGAUCGGGGGCGGCCAGCGGGAUCAGCGUCGCCGCGUGGGAGCUCAACGCUUUGCUGCUCCUCCAGUUGCUCGGCUGGCUCUUCAUCCCGGUUUACAUCCAGUCCGGGGUUUACACGAUGCCCGAAUAUUUGUCCAAACGAUUCGGCGGAAAACGGCUCAAAGUGUAUUUCGCCACGCUCAGUCUCGUGCUUUACAUUUUUACUAAACUGUCCGUGAAUCUGUACACCGGCGCCUUGUUCAUCCAGGAGUCGUUAGGGUGGAACCUCUACCUGUCAAUCAUCCUGCUCAUCGCCAUGACGGCCGUUCUGACGGUGACGGGCGGACUGGCGGCGGUGAUCUACACGGACGUGAUCCAGGCCGUCCUGAUGAUCGGCGGAGCGCUGACGCUGACCGCGAUGAGCCUCGUCAAAGUGGGAGGACUUCAAGAAACAUUCACACAGCAGUGUACACAGACCCUGGGGGCGGGGCGGGUCAAGUGUCUUGCCCAAGGACACAACUGCCAUCAGUGGAUAAACGCUCUCACCAACGGAGCUCCGGCCGCCUGA